CUCAAACUCCUGAGCUCAAGCGAUCCUCCUGCCUUGGCCUCCCAGAGUGCCAGGAUUACAGGUAUGAGCCACUUCACCCAGCCUAAGCCUUAGAUAUCUUACCUGUAAAAUGGCAGGCUGCACUGGUGAUGACAAAGUCCUUUUUUUCCUCUACACUCCGAAAGUCUAGGGUAUUUCACCCUUGGAAGAUGAACAGAAGAUGACAGGACAACCCGAGAGGAUAAAACAGGCAUGCUUCAAGCCAAGUGUUUGGAUCAUGUCAAGUCGUGGAGUGAAGAAGGCCAUGAACCCCUACUCCACAGCAGGCCACGGGGGAGCAGUUUGUCAAUACCCUCCCUCUUGGUUAAGGCAAGGUUUCAGCAUCAUCCUGGCUUCCUUUGGAAGGAUCCUUUGGGCUCAGGCCAAAGUAGGCACCUGCCCUCACCUGCAGUGCUGGGUUUCUCACUCUCCUCCAACAGACAGGGAGCUCCACAAUGCAAAGACCUCGCCACGCUCAUGGCUGUAUCUCCAGAGCCUAGCACUGUGCUUGGUAUACAGCAGGUGCUCCGUAAAUACUUGCCAAAUGACUGAAUGCAUCAUGCCAGCAUCAGGAUGCCUCCGCAGCCUGUGCGAGCUGGCGAGAUCAGAGGAAGAGGAAAACUUCUGGACUCCUGCCACGCCUUACAUUAGCAGCAUCUUCUCUGAGGCCUGACAGCCGGCCUCCUGGGAUGCCAUUUGAGCCAGCUUAAUUCCGGUCACUGCUUCACCUUGGAAAGGCAGCCGCAGCCCUCACCGAGUGGCCCAGUAAUUGACAUCACAGCAGUGCUAGGAGCUGCCCUAUUAAUAUUUGAUGUGGCCUCGCUGCGGCAAAGCCCCGGUCUCCAAGAGCUGGAGGGGCCGUGCAGAGUCUCCAUGGGGUCGUGGGGCGGGCAGGGGUGGGAAAGGGCUUCAUAAACCAUAAGGCCCCAGCAGAUGAGCAUUACGCUGACCCAUUUUAGUCCCUGGCUUAACUCAGGAAGAGCCGGGCAGCAUGUGCUUGCAGUGGGACAAGAAGACUGCUGACUGAGCCCAAGCACUGAAUACAUGGGGGAUUAGGGGUUCCCGGGGACAUUUCCUGGAGACAGGGGAGGGCAGAACCCUGGCGCCGGCCAGAUCUGGACUCCACUCGAGCCUGGCCCUGCCCAGCUGUGUGACCGGGGCAACUGGACUGCUGAGCCUCAGCUCCCUCGUCUGUGAAAUGGCCUAAGACUUGCCUGUGCUGCUGCUGUGAGGAUGGACUGAGACACGCGGUGCAGAGGCCCUAGCUUGCCACAUAACAGGACGUCCACAAAUGCCGAGUCCCUUCUCCCAGACGGGCCUGGGACCUGAAGCUGGAGAGAGGAGGUGUGGGGCCCUUCCCGCAUUCAUUGGCCAGAGUGAUGGCAGAAGGGAAGAAACAGCAAGGAGGCACAGAAAGGUGACCUUGGAGCCAAACACCUCGGGUUUGGACUUUCCACCAUGGUGGCCCGGACAAGCAGAGACACCAGAGAGAGGAUGGGCAGACAGCCCCAGGAUGGCAGAAGCAGAAGGGCCCUCACAGAUAAUCUCUCUGCCCAUCGGACCCCUCUGUUUGGCAGAUGAAGGUACUGAGGGUCCAGGAGGGAGCAGACAGUGCCAGAGGCUCACACGCAGAGCGGUUGAUCUGGUCUGCAGCCCUCCGGGGCCCCAUCGCCUGGCAUGUAUCCAAGGCCACCUCCCAGGUGGGGCCGGUAGAUGGGUUGGCAGAUAGCAUGUGAUGCCCCAUUCCUGGUGCGGACCCCACUCCUCUGGCCUGCACAGUAGGAGGAGCCUCAUCCCCUGCCCCUUGGUCUCCCUCUAGUCUAUUUUCCUGCAAAUCCUGGGAGCUUCCUAAAAUAUAAAUAUGAACUUGUAGUCUCCCUGCUUAAAACCCUUCCACGAUCCCGCAUUUAAAGUUACCAGGAGGAAUCCUAGCACUCUGGGAGGCCGAGGUGGGCGGAUUGCUUGAGGUCAGGAGUUCGAAACCAGCCUGAGCAACAG